AUGAAGGAGAGUGUUUUCCUCUGUCUCUUUGCAUUGGUGACACUGCUUGUUUCGCACCAUGUUUACGCACAGUCAUCAAAGUCGGAGCACAUAAUCACUUUCAACGGCACUGGUUGGGACUCUGUGGUUAAGGAUAAAUCUGCUGAACUUCGAGAAGCCCUCAUCGCCGAUAUUGGUCUUCAGCUGAAUCGAAGGUAUGCCUUUAAUACAACUAUAACUUUUGAUUCGCUGUCAACCUCUGGUAACCUGCAGGUUGAACUCUCUGUCAAUCAGACAGUGCUGCCAACUGUAGCUGAACCGUGGCUGCAGCAUAUAUGGACCCCGGAAGAGGUGAGCUCAUUAAUUGAGCAGAGUAAGUUCGCCACCACGCUGGCAAUGUAUCCUGGACCAGAUGUCUCUUCCUUCGUAAGUGUUCGAAUUCCUGGAGAAGGUGAAGAACUAAGCGAGUGUACCGGCGUUUGCAAAGGUAUGGUCUCCAUGGGAAUAAUCAUUGUUGGUCUGAUGAUGGUUGUUUUCUUGGUAACUCUUUCAUAUGUGUGUUGCUGCAACAGACGCCGGGACAAACAGUCACCUAGGGAGCCACAUCGGGAUUCUAUUGAUUGGAAAAGGUGA